AUGCUACGCUACAGCACAAACGAUGUGGUGCAGCGCGAAUCGCAUCACUUGGAAGAACAAAUGGGCGAGUUGCGUCGCGAGUUGCAAUUGGUGCGCGAAGCGUUACAUCGCAAAUCGCUUAAGUGUGCGAUAUUGCAACAGGAAUUGGAGAAGAGUCAGUGCACCACAUGCCAUCAGCUAUUGAGCGUCGUCGUCUCGACCGGCAGCAGUAGUAGUGAUGCGCUCGUCGAUGGCGCGGAAGAGGAUGAGAAUGCUGCAGCAUGCUCUGCCAGCAAUGGCCAUACGGAUGUCAUAACGAAGCUGCAAGCGGAAUUGCAGCUUAAGGAUGCGCGCCUCAUAAAAAAUCGUGAUAAGAUACGUUUUCUCUGCAGCAGCAUAGCGCGCUUGCAACAAGAAUGCGCUAACAAAGAUCAAACAGUGACAGAGCUGCAAAAUGAAUUGGACAAAUUUCGGCAAGUGGUGCGCCCACUAACGCAAGUCUUCUUGCAACACACCGCCGAAGGUUAUGAUGGCGCGCAUGGUGGCGGCAUGGAGUCGACGCGCAUGAUUGCCACCGGCAGUGAGCCGCGCAUGAAGCGGCAGGGUUACAGCGCGGAGCCGCUCUCCGAUUUGGUGGAUGCGGACAGUGAGCUGAUGAAGAUACCCAAAUCAGAGCUGUAA